UGACGCGACAUUUGCGUGAGCAAGUACUCACUCUACAUCAUCACCUCUGGAGCGGUCCAAUUGUCCUCGGUGAGCCAGCUCUGCCACCAGCAUCGGCGUCGGUCGGCGUAAGCGGCGCGAACGGCGAGGAGGGCGAAAACGAGGCAAACAUCGAAACGGGUCUCGUUCCAAUGACCGAGGCGUGGAAGGCGAUCGGGGUUGGGGCGUCACGACGCCAUGCCGAAACGCAGACCUUUGAGGCUCCCGCCGAGUUGGUGUACACUCGGUUGGUAGAGCGGUCGGAUGUGAAGUGGACGGAGGCGGCCGUUGAAGAGGCCGUCCAAACUGACGAUCCGAUGCCUGGAAAGCGGAUUGUCGAACGGCGACAAUUCGAUGUCUCUGUCCAGAUCGACCAGCCUCCGACAGGUUCCUUUGGACGGGCUGGUGCUUCUUCUUGCAUCGAGACGCGGUCGCUUCUCUCCUUCGAGCUGGCGGCUGUGCCGACAGAGUCCAGGCCUGAUUCCGGUCGUAAUGUGGGCUCGGCCAGUGUCUCAGUUUCUUCGUUUUUCUCUUCCUCCUCUUCCCCCUCCUCCUCCUUCAGACUGGCAGGGCUAUCGUCUGUCGGCCUUCAGGAGGUGGCGGAUUCAGCCCGGUCAGUCUCUACCACGAGGGCAGACGCUCCCUCGCCUCAACAGUCCAGGCUUUCGCGUACAGACAGUGCCUCUUUGCUCUUCUGCCCCUUAGCCAGACAGCACCCCGCGGCACAACUUCUUGAGUCCGGGUCAAAGGUCAGAGAUCAGGCCUCGGCUCCUCCGAUUCAUCAAGACCGCCGUAUUAAGUUAGCCUCCUCCGACGACUGUUCGUCAAGCGAUCGAGGCCGCGUCGACUCGAUGAACCUUAAAGUCUCGGCUUCGUCUCACGAUAGCAACAACGGCUCUUUUGAGCGUGUCUCCGAUGGUCUGUCCGACUGCGACCGUUGUUUCGAGAGACAGCCCGUUGAAGCGGUUGAAGGUGCCGACUCGGAGAUAGCGAUUGUUUUGUGCGAUUCACGUCUCCUCCAAACAGCCGAGGGCGAGUCAGUUCAAGUUGAUGUGUCCGAGAACCGACCUCUUUCCGCUUUGGCUGAUGCUUGGACGAGGGCGCCAGAUAAAGAUAAGAUUGCUGAGCCUCCUCCUUUCCGGCCGACGGGCUCCGUAGCCUCACCGGUGCUGGUCGGUUUUAUGCUCUCUGGCCGGCCGGAUGACAGACUACAGCCAAAUGAGGACUCGAACACCAUCGCACCUGCAGUCUCGGUUGCUGCUGAGUCGUCUCUUUUGUCUCAACCUCCGCUUUCCGACCAUUCGACUGGUGCUGCAUCCUGUUCUACAAAGGCAGCCCUU